AUGUUCGAAUCAAAUACAGAUAAUGAUGAACUUAAUAACUUGGAAAAAAUAAAUGCAGUUUUGAAAAAAGAUGUUACACAUUUCAAGGAAAGAGAAGCAAUUCUAAGAAAGAUUCAAUUAUAUCAAGCUAAAAUUUCAAGUGCACAAUAUUCACUUGCGGGGGCUGCAUUUGAUUUACAAUGUGAAAUUGAUUUGUCCAAAUCAAUUAAAGAAAAAGAAAUUUUCCUAGAAGAAACCCUUUGUGAAAUAGCAAGGAAGAAAUCUAAAACUUUUAAUAGAUACCAGAACUUAACUCAAGUUUUGAAAGAUGAUGGUGAGUUAGGUAGACAAAUACAAGAAAAGAAAGAUAUUUUGAGGCAAACAUCUGAUAGACUUGGUGAAGUCACCAGAAGAUUUGAUGAAAUUGAAGAAAAGAUGACAUAUCAUUGCCAAGAAUCAGAUAAGUUGAUAAAUAAACUUGAUGAUGUGACAAGAGCAGAACUUCAAGAAAUAUCACAAAAAAUGACAUUAGAAGAAAUUAGAAAUGCUAUUGAUCAUGAAAAAGAAAAUAUAAACCUUUAUAAUGAGGUUGAUCCUAACAUUAUAGAUUCAUACAAUGAAAGACAAGCUCAAAUUGUUUUCCUUAGAUCUCAAAAAGAAAAAAGAGAAUUAUCAUUAAAAGAGCUAAAUAAUGAAAUUGCAAAGGAAAAUGCGCAACGGGAUCCUAAAUUAUAUGAAUUGGAAAGAUCUGUAUCAACUAUCAUGUAUUUAAUGGCAUUACAAGAAUUGGCCAAAACACCAUUUUGUGUUGUUGAGGUUAACCAAGGAAUGGACUCUAUAAAUGAAUGCUUAGCUCAUAAUCAAAUGAUUGAAACUGCAUCUUCCCAGGAAAAAAAUGAGCAGGAGGAAUAUUACAAGAGUCGUGUUGAUCCCGUUGACAAUGAUGAUGACAAAGAUGAAAGUCCAUUAGUGAUAAACUUUAGUGAAGUGCUAGACGAGGAUCCAUCUUUUGGUUCCGAUAUUAAUAAUAAAAUGUUGGAUGCCAUCAAAGGCAUAGAAAAAAUUGAAGAUGCUAUAGAUUUUGUAACAAACUUCAGCUCAAUGAGUAAUUUAAAGUUAGAUUAUCAAUCAACAAUCAAUGAUUUUAUAUAUUCCAUUGUCAAAACUUUUGCUGGCUAUUUUGUUUUAAAUGAAAAUUAUUUUAAAGAAAUAUUACCUGAAUACCAUCUAGGAGCAACAAUACAUGUUCAAAUUUUUAUGAAUUUGUUUAGGGAUAAAAACUAUAUAGUAUGA